CGUACCACCCAGCGGGGCCGCGCUGUAGUUCGACUCGGAUGCUCAGUGCAGUACGUUCGCGAGUGCGUGAAUCAUAAACGGCGGUGCCUCUCAGCGAGACCAUUGUGAUAAUCUGCGCCCUGCUAAGCAAUAGAUAAGGUUCGCUCGUGCUGUUUGUGUGGCUGAGCACAGCAAGGACUGCGAUAAGACAAGCCACAGUUGUCCAGUGAAACUGAUCGUGUUGGUCGUGGGACGUGCGGUAGUUGCCCGAAGGAAUCCAUUGUUUGGGAAGCAGUAUCAGUGUUUGGACCCAACAGAUUCGAAAAGCUUCUAGAACCAUGAGGAACCUUCUGAUCGAUCAGAUCCGCGAGGAUGGGUUCGCCGUGAUCGAUGAUUUCCUAACACCGGACGAGGUACAGGAUCUGCUCAAAGUCGGCCAAAAUCUCCAUCAGGAAGCGCCGAAAGAGGAACGGAAAGUGUUUAGCGCGAAUGCGGACGGUAAGUCGGCCCAAAGCCGCGAACAGUACUUCCUGGACAGUGCGGACAAGGUGCGCUACUUCUUCGAGGAAGGUGCCGUCGGGGAGAACGGUGAGCUGCUGGUUGAUCCAGCGAUCGCACUGAACAAGGUGGGCCACGCACUGCACACGGAAAAUGCGGCAUUCGAGGAGGUGACGUUCUCGAACCGGGUGAAGGAAGUGUGCUGGCAGCUAGGAUUCCGCCGGCCGGCCGUUGCACAGAGCAUGUACAUCUUCAAGAAUCCGGGCGUCGGUGGGGAGGUAAAGUCGCACCAGGACGCCACAUACCUGUACACGGAACCGAGCACAACGAUCGGCUUCUGGAUACCGCUCGAGGAUGCAACGCUGCAGAACGGAUGUCUUCACUUCAUCAAGGGUUCCCACAAAAGCGGUGUCCACCGACGAUGGAUCCGCAAUCCGGAGAAGAAUGCCGACGAGCUGCUGAUCUACGAUCGACCGGCCCCACUCUACCCGCAGUCCAACUUUGUCGCCGUCCCAGUAAAGGCGGGUUCGUGCGUCCUCAUCCACAGCCAGGUGGUGCAUCGGAGUGAUGCGAACAAAUCGGACCGCAGCCGGCACGCGUACACCUUCCACGUGAUCGAAACCGAAGACUGUGAAUAUUCCAAAGAGAACUGGCUACAACCGCCGGCAGAUCGUCCCUUUCCGGUGCUGUACGAACGGAAGUAGGGCUUGCAAGGGUGCAAGCCAACCGAUCGAUUCCAGCUGCAACCGAUUGUUUUAGAAUUAAGGACAUCCCUUCCUGUGGAUGGAUUUGAAGUGUCUCUCUUAUUCUCUCUCUCUCUACCCGUAUUUACGUAUAUGUACAGCUUAGUUCUUGUGUGUUGUAAUCCAUAACCCGCACACUCCACCCAUGUAACCUCCUUCCCAAAUCCUUCAUAGAUCGCUCUACCUUCGUGCCAUAGAUGUUUAUUUACACAUCGACGCUGGCGUCCGGGCGCUCCGGUUCUCACUUUCCCCAUUUUUUAAGGGCUGCGUCAUCAAUCAGCCCGAUCGCCAUCGCUCCAGAAGGUAACAACUGCACCGCGAUACGGCUACGUAGCAAAAUGUGAAUAAAACAACUAUUAAAUUGCUAA